AUGCAAAACGGAAUGGAUAAUUCGGAUCGGCCAACCACUACAACAAUCAGUACAAUUGCAAUAAAUGCUGGUAAAAAAGCAACAAUUGUUGUCGCAUUACUAAAGAGUAUCGGAUAUGCAUCUCUUCGAAUUGAUGAAAUGCAACCACGAAUGCUUGAACUUGGCGAAAAUUUGGACGAAACAAUUGCUCUGCUGGAUGUUCAUGAUGAUCUGAUGCAUCGACUAAAGAGUAAAGAAGAUCAGGUGGAAGAGUUACUUGCUCGAGCAGAUAAUUUAGUAAUACAGCAAAAAGAGCCCGAUGUUCAUGUUUAUGAAGCAAUGGCUGAAAGUUUGGGUACAGCUUGGAAAGAAUUAAAUCGUCAACUUCAGAUGCGAGGAUAUUUACUUACUGAAGCAAAGCGAUUUUAUAAACUAGCGAAACACCACGAAGAAAUUAGCUCGAAGGUACGAAAUAUGCUUCGCACAAUAAUUCAACGAUCAGAUACCGACAAUAUAAACGAUACUGUUUUGCAAAUUCAACAACUUAUCAACGAACUGAUCGAUGUAACCGCAUCAGCUGUAGAUAGCGGAGCUGAUGUGAUAACACAAAUUCGAGUACUGGGCUCUAUGGCUGAUAAUGUGGAAAGUAUUCAGGAAACUGCUCAAGCUUGCUUACUGAUCGAAAAAAUUAUGUUAAAGAUGGCGGGAGAGUGGGAAUUGCUUGAAGAAUCCUGGAAGAAUGAACGAUCUAAACUAGAAGUGCAAAUUGAUGAAAGCGAAGCGGUUCUGUCUCAUAUUGAAGAAAUUGAAAAAUGGCUUCAACAGGCACGAUUGCAACUCAGUGAUGGGCAAAAUAUUAACGCAUUGAUGCAACAAAUUUUGAAACAACACAAAGCGCUAAAAGAUGUCACAUCAAUCAUUGAUCGAAGUGGAGCAAAUGCGACUCUUCGUGAACGAGUCAUUUUGUUGCAAAACGAUCUGGAUGCAUUUACGCAAGAGUUGAAAAAAAGAAAAGAUGAAAAUGAUAAAGUGAUAGCAUGGAUUGCGGCUGCAAAUACUAUGUUGAAUCAAUUAGGUGCAAUGGAAACAGACAUACGUAAUGCCAAUGCAGCAAUGGCCGGAGAACUAGCACCUUUAGCAAGACAAAAAGCGCAAAAGGUAAUUGAUGACGGGCGACAAAUUGAGCAUAUUGAUCAACGUGUCAAUCGAUUCAUAAUUGAUAUCCAAAAUAAAUUAAGACAAAUCGAGAAGUACGCUUGUGAACGGAUCGAUGAAGGCAAAGAAUUGAUCAAAGAUCAGUUAUAUCGUUUCGAAAAAUGGCUAACAGAAACUGAGCAAUCAUUUAUGGUAAACGGACGUUUAGGCUGCAAUUUGAAUGAUGCCAUUCAGUUCCAUAAAUUUCACAAGGAUAUGUUUAUUGAUAUUAUUAACAGAGGAUUUGAUCUAAACGAUUUGUGGAGCAAAAGUCAUGAAGUAGGCCUAGUUGAUCGUCAACGUUUGGAAGACUUUAAACAACGAUACGAAUCAUUAAAAGAAGCAGUAGAUGAACGCAUUAAUCUUGGUACAUCUUUCGAACAGGUGCAAAAAUUUGCUAAAGAACUUGAGAGUUCGUUUGAGAGCUUAAAUGCCUUGGUUAGCUCAAAUCAUACUUAUAUGAACGAGAAAUUACUCAUACAAAUGAAAGAAGUAUUUCGUAUGAUCGAAGAAACAGUUAAACAAGAAAAAGAUCAGGGUACUCAGUUCAUUGAUAUAGCUCAAUCAGCAAAAAUAAAGGAUGCAAGACUUGAUAUUGAGCAGUCGAUAAAUUCAGUGCGCAAUUUGCUGAAUGAGCAUGAACAACUUCAGAAAAUAAUCGAACAAACCUGGCACCGAUGGCAAGAUAAACGAAUGGAGGAACAAAAAAUAAUCCAAAUUGUUGAAGAGGUUCAAAUUUGGCAAGAAGAAACAGUGGAGAUAAUUCGUACCGUAGAAAUGAAGCUAGAAAAUGUGACAGUGAUUGAACAACGUGAAGAAGUGAUGAAAAUAAUUGAAGAAAUAGAAGAACGUUUUCAUGAACAGGAACGAAGAAUUGAAGAAGCUGAACGAAUUUUGAAAGAAAUUGAAGGUGAAGUAUUUGAAAAAGUGAUGUUAGCGAAACAGCGCCAGAAACAAAUUGAGGAACGACUUACACAACUAAAGGAGAGAAUUCGAGUCGUGGAAGAGCAAAUUAUCGAAGCGGCGAAGGAAGUAACGAAAGCUCCAGAAAUCACAAGUCAUUUACGUGACGCACAAGUCGAUGAAGGUAAUCGAUUCGAAUUUACCGCUUAUAUCAAAGGUGAACCAGUUCCUGAAAUACGGUGGUUUAAGGACGGUCGAGAUGUGAAGGAUAAUAUUGAUUACCGUACCACAUUCGUUAAUGGGGUUGCCACUUUGACAAUUGAUGAAACAUUUGUAGAAGACACCGCCGUUUUUACGGUACGUGCUCAGAAUGUCGCGGGGUUGGCUGAAUCUUCUGCAAAACUUGUUGUCAAUCCUCGAAAUGAGAUGGGGCGACAGGCAGAAGAGUCAUUCAAACCGCGUUUCAUUCGACAAUUGCGCAAUAUUACCAUCACAGAGGGUGAUGAUGCUUUUCUCGAUUGUAUUAUUAUAGCCGUUCCUGAACCAAAGGUUGUUUGGUAUAAAGAGGAAGAAGCGAUCAAAGAAUCGGAACACGUCGAACUUCAAUUUGAAGGCGAUCAUUGUUCAUUGAAAGUGAAGAAUGCAGAGAUGAGUGAUGCUGGUCUUUAUACUGUGAAAGCAACAAAUGCCGUCGGUGAAGCUACCAAUUUUUGUCGUUUAACAGUGCAAUCACCGCCAAUUCCAAAAAAUUCUACGAUACCGCCCUCAACAUCAUCAGAGCCAAAGUUUUCAUUAAUCACACCGUCAUUUGCACCAUCACUUACCAAUCAAGUCGUUCGAGAAGGUUCAAAGACCGUUUUCGAGGUACGCGUAUUUGGCGAACCAACACCAACAGUUCAUUGGAAGCAUAAUGAUAAGCCGUUGUAUACUACUUCGGAUACACGCACGGAGAAUAAUAUUAAUGGAUGGUGUCGAGUUGUCAUCGAAAAUACUCUUCCUCAACAUUCCGGAAUGUAUACCGUUAUUGCAAAGAAUAAGGCAGGUGAAGCACGAUCGGGCGCUACAUUGAAUGUGGAAUCUCGACGUGCGGCAGUAGAACAAAAGGAAACAAACAUAAUUCAAACCAUUGCAGAAGGUUUCUGGAGUGAUUCUGCAAUAAUGUCAUCGCCAACCCCACCUCCCAUACCGAAACAUCGCUAUAAUUCAGAAAUUGAGGAAUAUGUUGAAAAAUUGGUCUCCGAAAUUGGUUGUAGUCCCACUGCUACUGUACCGGAAUUCAUUCGACCAUUCCAGAACGAAUAUAUUGUCAACGAAGGAGAAAAAUUCCGAAUGGAUUGCUUGAUGAUUGGUAAUCCACGACCCAAAGUUCGCUGGUAUUUCAACAAUCAAAUCAUCAAUCUUAAUUCUAAAUUCUGCACGUUGUCGAAUAUUGGUGAUACGUAUUCCAUAAUACUUGAACCGGCUCGUUUUGAUCAUGCCGGUGUUUACAAGAUGACGGCAGAAAACAUACGAGGUGAAACCGAAUCUGUAUUUGUGGUACGCGUGUUACCUUCAUCCCUGAAACCUACCACUAUUGAGCAUGUUCAUGUAACUGAAGAAUAUGGUGCUUAUGAAUAUGAACAACGAAUACCUGAUGAAUGCUUCUCACAACAGUUGGAAUAUGCGAACGAUAAUUUGAGGAUGCGCGAAGAAGAGCAGCGUCGUCUAGUAGCCAAGCAACACUCUACUAGACUUCUCUCUCCUCCUCCGGCCAAAAAACAACAAUUACAAACGAUGCAUUCCCAGCGUCAGAAUUUAUUAGAGCGUUAUGAUAUUGAAGAGAGUCGAGAACUUGGUCGACCACCACAUUUUACGCAAACUUUGGUAUCUGUAGUGGCUGCUUGCGGUGAUGAAACUAAGUUCCAAGGCAUUGUCAUAGGAUGGCCUACUCCUGAAGUUACUUGGACGAAAGAUGGUGUACCAAUAUCUAAAGCCACCAAUCCAGAACUAACUUUCUCCAACAUAGGUGGUCAUGUAUCAUUGACCUUUCCUAUUUCACAACUUGAACAUUCCGGCAAAUAUAUGUGUACCGCCAAAAAUGCAUCCGGUGUUGCUACUUCAAGUGCCCAACUAGUCGUCAGGCCACGAACUGUAGCACCUGACUUUGUGCGACGGUUGAUUAGCGAAGAAGUGGCAGAAGGUGAUGAAUUGAAAUGGACCGUUCAGGUGACUGGUGAUCCAAUGCCAAGGAUAAGUUGGAUGAGAAAUGGCCUGGUCAUUCCACAUUGUGAUGAAGUUCGCCUCAUUGAUGAGGGUAAUGGUGUACAUUCGAUGGUUAUUGUUAAAGUUGAAAUGGCCGAUAGUGGACAGUUCACUUGUCUUGCUGAAAAUAUUGCCGGCGAAGCUCGUAGCACAGCCGAUCUUGUGAUACGACCUGCUGGCUCUGAACCGGGCAGUUAUUUCCAUGUGACAAAGGUAACGCAGGAGAAGAAAGUAAAAGGCGAAGAAGUAAAUCGAAAUGAAAGUUUUGCAAUUGAAAAUCCACGCACUUCAGCAGGCUAA